GAGACCUAGGCUACAAACCUCAACACCAUUACGCAUAGGAAAAUGUGUCCCACUCAGCGAUUCCGACAGACGCAACCUUUUUGGAAGUAAAACUACGCAAGCCGCACGAGAUUCACAUCAUGGGAAUGUGCUUUAGGCCUAAGGAUGUCCCAAGCAAGAAGGUUGUCCUGGUGGAACUGGAGCGAGCCAAGGUGGUCCUGGAGAAAGAGAAUGCAACCUUACGGGCAAAGCUGAAAGAUGUCCAGGAGUAUUCUGCGCGCGCAUGCAAGGAGCGAGAUGGCCUCAAUCGGCAACGCUUUGACCUUGAGGCCCAACUACAACAACGGACCACCUAUGUUGGGCACCUCCUCACCCAAGUGUCAAGCCUCCGUGGUAACCUUACAACUAAGCUUCACGAGCUGCUUGACCAUCAGGCAUACGCCGCGACAGGCCAGCAGGUUCACAACAAGCUGCAGGCUGAAGCAUCCAGCGCGGUCAACCUGCACGUGGUCCAGCCGGAAUGCUUAGAGGGCGCACCUCACAGCACCGAUCCCGCUUCGGAGUGCUGCGAGCCUCCUGCGUCCACAGCCGCUGCAAGCAAAGCAAUUUCCUUUACCGCUCAGGCAGAACUAGCCAGCCAGGAAGACAGCAGCGUGGCUGUUGAUGAGGAGGGUCGUAAGCUAACUGCCCAGGAACAACUCGAUAGGCAUCUGACCUUCCUUGCCGAAGCGCAUGAGCGAGCGGUCGAGCACGUGUCCCGGCUACAAGCACAGCUGCGCCAGGCCGAGGAGGAUAAGGCGGCGCUCCGAGUGGAGGUUGCGGGUGUGCGCAGGCGGCUGGAGCAGGCCGAGGCGAAUGCCAACGACCAGCAGCAGACACUGCAAAAGCGGUGUGCGGCGCUGGAGCAGGAAAAUGAGCAGCUGACGGGCAUGAACCAGGAGAUGCAGCAGCAGCUGGAGGCGGCCCUCGACGAGCUCAGCGCCUCUAAGAAGCAAUGGACAGCUGACUCUGGCCAGCUUGCGAAGCAGGCGGAGGAGCUGGAGGCGGCAAACGGCCGCUUGGUCGAAAUGGAGGCAGAGGCUCGCUCGCUGCAAGCCCGGCUUGCGGCAUCAGAGGCCCAAGCACAAGAGGCCACUGCGAAGGCUACCACGCUGCAGGAGCAGGUUGCAGCUCGGACUUCCGCCCUUGAAGCAGCAAGGUCGGCCUUGGGGGCGCGGGACGCGGAGCUAGAGACGGCGCGCAGCGAGCUGCAGCAGCUGCAGAGCCUGGCGUGCAACCACAAGGAGCUGUAUGAGACAGUGGCAGCGGAGCUUGCGAAGCAGACGGCGGAGCUCGAGGGGACCAAUAGCCGCUUGGAGGAGAUGGCGGCAGAGGCUCGCUCACUGCAAGCCCAGCUUGCGGAGGUAGAUGCUCAAGCGCAGGAGGCCACGGCUAGGGCUACCAUGUUGCAAGAGCAGGUUGCAGAUCGGACUUCCGCCCUUGAGGCAGCAAGCUUGGCCUUGGGGGCGCGGGACGCGGAGCUAGAGACGGCGCGCAGCGAGCUGCAGCAGCUGCAGAGUCUGGCGUCCCACCACAAGCAGCUGUAUGAUACAAUGGCAGCGGAGCUCCGGGACGUGCAGGAGUCGAGACGUACCACCAAGGAAGCGCUGGAGGCCGCCACGGAGCAGCUGGAGGUCGCGCGGCGGGACCUAGCGGUCUGCCAACAGCAGCUGACAGCCAGCGCGCAGGAGCUCAGCGAUACGCAGACCCUGCUGCAGGAGAGCCGCGCAUCGCACAGCGCUACCCGCGAGCGGCUGAACAAGGCGCUGGAGGAGCUGCAGGGCAAUGAGACGCGGCUGGCGGAGGCUAACAAGCAGUACCUCACCACGAAGCAGAGCGUCAUCUCCACCGCCAAGCAGCUCGCUAGCAUGGCCAAGGACCACUCCGCCGCCCUGGACAAGCUGCAUGCGCUAGAGGCAGAGGCCGCCGGGGUGCGAGAGCAGCUGGCGGUCAUGCGCGAGGCCGAGGCUACAUCGCGCGCUCAGGCGGAGGCCAGCGGUGCGGCGGCUCGUGAGGCGCGUAAGGCGGCUGACCAAGCAGAGGCGGAGGCACGACGGCUGCGUGUGGCGUACGAUGAGGCGGCCGCCGAUCUGCGUAGGAAGAUCAUGUUGUUGACGGCCAUUGCGCGCAUGGCGAAUAAGGGACAGUCAGUGCAUGCGGCGAGCGGCGGGCGCCUCCGGGAUGGGCAGGAUGCGGACCAUGUUGACAGCUACGGCGCGGUCACCAGCGAGCAGCAGCUGCGACUCAAGGUCUGCGAGUCGCCCCUGCCGCUGCUGGGCGCCCUGACAGCCGGCAUCAUGGACUCCUCGCGGCUGCGGCACCUGUCUCUGGACAUGGACACCUCGCGGGAGGUCACGUGGGAGAAGGCCGGCCUGCGCAUCUGCUGCCUGGCCGCCGCCAUCGGCCUCAACAACAGCCUGCAAACGCUGCAGCUGUGCGGCUGGACGUGGGGCGAACUGGGCAACGGCACUGCGCUGCCCUUCCUGGCGCUGGGAGGUGGAGGCGGCCUGGCGAGCGGCAUGCUGCGAAGCGUGCAGCUGGCCACCAACCUGUUUGACGUGGAGGCGGCCGCCAUGCUGCGCGACCUGCUGGCGGCUGGUCUGGUGGAGCUGGCGGCGGGAGGGGACGAGCUGGAGGAGGCGGCGACGCCGCGCAAGGACGAGACCUCGGGGGCGCAGGGUAUGCUCCUCCUCUACAGCGGCAAUGAGCGGUUGGACGGCUGGUACCAUGACAUGCUCCUGCUGUCCCGGCUAGAGCCAACAGCCCAGCCUGCUCCCUCCGGAUCUGCUUCCCUGGACGCCAGCGGCGCCAUCAGCGCCCCACCCGCUGAGACCUCCACCGCGGUGGAGUGCGACCUCUCCUCGGAGGCGCUGGAGUCGCACCAUGUGGUACUGAUCAUGACGGUGCUGCUGACGUGUCCGCAGCUGCGCCGGCUGCGGCUGGACGGCAACAAGCUGGGCGACGGCGGUGCGGCGCUGCUGGCGCUGGGGCUGUCGGGCAACACCGGCCUGCGGGAGCUGUACCUCAGCAGGAACGGCAUCCGUGCAGCCGGCGCUCGCAGCCUAGCUCGCUGCCUGGAGGGCGCCAACGCCACCCUGCUGCGACUGGACAUGUCGGGGCAGCGCUUGGAGGGGCUGGGGGUGGCGGGUGCGGAGGCCAUGGCACAGGCGCUGCGGGUCAACAGGACCCUCGAGGACCUCAACCUUGCAAACUGUGGCAUUACCGGCGCCGCCGCCGCCUGCUUCGCGGGAGCCAUCCGGGCUGCGGGCGCCACCCGGCCCCGCUCCUGCUCCUCCGCCACAUCCCUGUCGGGUGAUGCCAGCAACCGGCCCCUCACGGCCGGCGGCAGCGGCUCCCUGCGACGGCUGGUCCUGUCCGGCAACAACAUUGAGGCGGCUACCGCCAAGGCGUUGGUGGCGGCGGCGGCCGAGCGGCCUGGUCUGGUUCUGUGUCUAUAGCUGUAUGACCCAGGUUUGACCCAGGGCCGUGUGCCAACGUUGCAGUGUUUAAAUGCAUGCCAUGUGAUCCAACCAAUGUUGCUGGACAAGAGACUGGUAAGAGUGUAGGAAAGUGCACGAGAGGUUUUGCGCCGAUGGCGAAUCGCAGCUGGGCAACUGGUAUGCAUGCGGCUUGUGUAGGGCCAUGCUCAAUGGUUAGAUAGGGGCUGAACAGUGGACGAGGGCGAGAAUCAGCGGUGCAUGUAGGUGCGACCAGUAGUGGUGAGUGCGCAGAUGGCAGUAGCUCUGUAGCUGACGUAAAGAGGAGUGUAGGCUUUACCCUAGUCGGGCGUGUUCUCUUAAGACCUGCGUCCUGAAAUUAGUCAUGGCGUCCUGCCAUAAGCCUGCCGUGUCAGGGGUGCAGUUGGCGAAGAGGUAUUUGCUUAUGACGUAUGUGCGUGAGACCGCAGGCCAACGAGUGUUAGCUUGCAAGAUGCAGUAGGAUUGGCGGUGGGCGGGUGUUACCCUCUACCCCACAUGUGCCGUUUCCGUGGCUGCGCUCCGCACCAAUACCAUUCUUCCUUCUUUCACUCUUGUGUCAGGGCCAUAGCCCAUCCUGCUUCACCUAGUGAACGUCGUGACUAUACCGGUAUGCUGUUUCCUUGCCAUGGUCCGUACAUCUAGAUCUAGAUUGAUCUAGAUUCCGUACAUGCUUCUGGUCCGACGUCUGGGCGCUAUUCUUGGCUAGAUACCGGUAGCAUUAGUUAACAUUGUUUGACUGCAGCCCCUUCUGGCUGUCAUCAACAGCUUCUAGUGGACAAUUGGUUGGCUCGGCUGGGAAGGCCUCAUACCCAAGGUAACAUAUAAAGAGAGUGUAAUGGUAAUGCGCUUAGACCAAAGGCCAUGACGCAGCCGCGUUCGCAAAGCGACCCCAACCGCUCAACCGAAUUCCCGCAAUCCGUCCUGAACCUGACUAACCGCCCGGUGUCGACAGCAGCGUUAUAUAGCUUGCCGCGUCCUUCACGACCUCGCUUG